CAAAUGUUAAAUAACUCUAAUAUGUUUAAGGGUAGAACAGCCCUUUAAACAAAUCAGUCACAGAUAAGGAUAAAAGUGUUUGACAAGUGUCACAGACAAACAGAAAGUAAGAAUUUCCAGUUUCACCCUCCUGAGGAAUUCCCACACUCAUUUUCCCAGCAUCCUUCAAAGAGUGAUGCAAGCUCAUUCCUGACAGCAGGUGCUACACUGAAGCUGCUGUGAAUAUGAUGAAGCAACUUUGGUCUAAUGAGUAUAAAUACCAGCACACUUUCCAUCUCAAGCAUCACACAGGAGCAGAAGCCAAAGGAGCUCAAAUCAGCCACUGAAACAGUCCAAGGAUCUGACAACUUAAACCUCUCAAACAAAGAUGAAGACACUCAGAGUUGCAGUUGUUGUAGCCGUCGUGCUCACAUUCAUUUGUAUCCAGGAGAGCUCUGCUGUCCCUGUCACUGAGGUGCAAGAACUGGAAGACACAUCGAGCCAUGAAAAUCCUAUUGCAGAACAUGCAGAGACCUCAGUAGAGUCAUGGAUGAUGCCGUAUAACAGCAGACAGAAGCGUAGUAGGAAGUGUAAAAUUUGCUGCGGUUGCUGCACCCCUGGUGUUUGUGGACUGUGCUGCAAAUUCUGAGGACUCCUGCUGACAUGAACAAACAAAGAAGAGAAAGAUAUUUUCUGGGAAUUUCUGCAUGCUGUAAUAAAUGUCCACGUUUUCAGUAAUGUGACUACAUUUGAUGCAGAUGUUAUAAUGCAGCAAGACAAUAAACUUUGAUAAUAUUGA